AAAUUUUACGAAAAUUACGCGCCUCUGGAUUUUUUGUUGGAAUAUUGCCUUUUUAUGUAGGUACAUGUAUCUUUUGCUAAAGUAAAGAUUAGUUUUUUCUAGAGUACCUCCAUUUAAAAACUAAUAACUAUAAACUCGCUCUGCGAAUAGAACAGUAAACAAAACUUUCUUGCCUUUUGCCUUCACUGCGAGCGUGUUAUCAUUUUUAUAGAGACAUGGAACUUGUAAAAAGUGUCGACACUCCAGCAGAUCCCAACUCUUCAAUUAAUAAAUUCAACAAGAACAGAGAAGUGACUGUGUGUGCGGUAAAACCUUUGGACAAUCUUUUAGUUGCAAAAAAUUUUCGUGUAACUAAACUUAAUUAUUGCUGCAAAAAUCAAAUUAAAGAAUCUUCAGAAAAGAUACUUCCAAAAUGUUAUAGAAAAAAGUGUCGAAGAAUGAGUAGUAUUCUAAGAAAUAAACACUAUAAUCAGGAAUCUGUGGGUACUAAAAAACACAAGAGUCGCAGGAAGCGAAGAAGUUACAAAAUAAAGAAAAACCAUUCCCAAACUAAAUAUAGCAAAAGAAAACAAUUAAAAGAAGUUAAAAAGAACGCACCUAAAGUUGAUGAGCCCGAACUAUCAUUGAGUCUAUCUUCAAUAUCAGAUUCACCUUCGGAUGGUAACAUCAGUUAUGAAGACAUUAGCUCAGAUUCUUUCACAUCAAAUUCAGAUAGUAAAAUUGAUACACUAAUAAAAAGAACUAAAGAACGUGAACGAAGAAUGUCUGGGAAUAAUUUUGAAAAGCCUUUGUAUGCAAGCUCUCCACUAAGUGUUGUAUCUUCUGUUGAAUCAGGACAAUGGGAUGGGGAAAAUGAAUCUAUCAAUUCUCUUGAAACUUAUGUCCUGGAACGGCAAGAUAUGUAAUGUUAUCAUGAAGCAAAUCCUGAUAAUGUUCCUUUUAAAAAUGAAUAGUUGAGUGCAGGUUGCACUUAAACUAAACCAAAAACAAUUCAUAAUAAUGAAAACUUAUAUUAAAACAGGUUUUAGUAGAUAAGUAGUGUGUAAAUAUUAUGUGUCUCAAAAAUUUAUUUAAUGUAGGUUAAGAAAUAGAAAAGCUAUUUAUAAUGAACUUGUAGCUAACUAUCAUGUGUUGACCACUGAUGUAACCAAGCAGUAAAGCUUGUUAUUUUAUCUUAUAUUCAAAAAUUUUAUGCGAGAAAGUAAUUUUAUGAAGUAGGCCUUGUAAGAAAAUGUUUGAUGUUAGGGAUGAUAUGAUAAAUGGUGUUUUGUCUUUUAUUAAAUAUUGAUAAAAAAAAGAAUUUAUGUCUGUC